AUGACGAAGCCGCCUUGCGCAACUACCCCGCUUUCCCCUUCCUCUUGUUCUUGGACCUCCUCCUCCGCUUCCACAUCCUCCGCGGGCUCCUGCUACGUGCCGUCGUGCUCGCCGAAGCACAAGAAGAAGAAGAGCAAAUGCAAGAGGGCCCAGAACGGCGCCGGCGAUGCCGUGGUCGUCCCAAGGAGCAGUUCCUCCAUCUACAGGGGUGUGACCAGGCACAAGGGCUCAGGGAAGUAUGAGGCGCACCUGUGGGACAGGCAUGCCCGGAGCCCAACAAAGAACAAGAAGGGCAGACAAGGAUGUGUGGAUGUUCCAUGCCCGAUUGUCUUCUCGCUUCCAAUAGUUUAUCUAGGAGGUUUUGACAGUGAGGAGGCAGCGGCCCGCAUCUACGAUCUUGCAGCACUCAAGUACCGGGGCUCAAAGUGUGUACUCAACUUCCCACUGGAAUCGUACAAGCAAGAGCGUGAGAAGAUGCAGCGCAUGACGAGAGAGGUGUACUUGGCCACUCUGAGGCGCAGGAGCAGCGGCUUCUCGAGAGGCGUCUCCGAGUACAGGGGAGUGGCAAGGCACCACUACAAUGGCCGGUGGGAGGCCAGGAUAGGCCACGCUAGCGGCAAGAAAUACCUCUACUUGGGGACAUUCGAUACCCAGGAAGAGGCAGCCCGGGCCUACGACCUCGCAGCUCUAGAAUUCCGGGGGCACAGCGCGAUCACCAACUUCGACAUCAGCAGCUACACGGACUACCUGCAACCACCGGUCACCAAGGCCCAGCCACAGCCGGUUCUGAAGCCCAAGGACGAGGCACCGCUCCCCAUGGCACAUCCGGCGCCACUUCUGCAGCCCAAGCCCGAGCCCGAAGACGAGCCCGCGGCGCUGCCACUGGGCCCGGUGCUCCGCGACGCGGACGACGUGGACCACGCCAUCGCCGAGAUCCUACCGGCGCUCGGAAUGGACCCCGCCGAAUUCGAGGAAAGGUACCCGGCCCGCCGCGCCCGCGCGCCCGGCUGGCCGUCGGACGACCUGCCGCUGCCGGACAGCGUGCGCUUCGAGGACGACAUCGAGUCCCUGUUCGACGCGCCCGGACCUGCCGCGGCCGCCACGAUCGGCUCGCUCGCCCCCGGCCGCUGGCGGUGAACCGGUACGUGGCGUGCGCUGCAUGUCGCGUCCGCGUAGGUCGUACGUGUCGCCGUGCCGCUGUGCCGCCGUGCCGGUGCCUCUGGCGGCGUAAGGUGCGUUUUGGUUUUGGGGGCGAGGCGGCCGGUGAAGUGUUGGGUUUUGGAGUGUAAAAAUGCUGUGAUGUGGCCGCUCUCCUUUUGCCUUUUGGAGUACGUGCAAGUGGGAGGAGGCACAAGCUUUUGGGGUGCACUGUCGAAGCCGUGGCACUUGUGACUUGUCGGCUAACGACGCACUGCAGCAGCAGGACUGCUAUCCGGUUGUCCAAGUUGGAUGCCGUGACAAGUGACGCACACUGUUGGUAGGAAACUGAUGAACUGACAGGUUUCUUAUUUGCUUUUGCGUGUGUUUAAGCCUAGUGAUGAGACGACUCUCUCACGCGCACACUCGUUUUGAUUUGAUUGACAUGAGCGUGUGUGGAUGCUUAAGGCCCCAUUAAUGUUUUAGUGGUGAGUGGUGCCGUACUGACGCUGCGUCGAUCGUCCACAAGAUAUUGUUGUCCACUACAAGCUAGUAGUACAAAUCAAGUAAAGCGUACUUGUAGGCAGAUCA